UCGCGUCAAGUUAAUUGAUGAAUGAAGUUAACAUUUUUAAAGACAGAUAAACUGAGAGAUUGUUCCUGGAAGAGAUUGGCUGACUCACACGAGCCCCGUAUAAACCCUCGAAUGAAUUUAUAGUGUCUGCAUGCUUCGCUACUUCACUCCAAUUGUCCGCAGGCUGCAGAUGCUCUUCGCCAAUCCAGCACUGCAGGUGCAGUUUAUGCUGGAGAUGCUGAUAGUAGUUCUGGCUAGACAUUAUUCUCUUUGCUUGUUUCUUUUCCUCACACAGAGGUUUUUUUCUGCUUACCCCCCUAGAUUUUGCUCUAGUGCUGCCGUGUGAGGUGUUGGAUUCAUUGGAUCCCGCAGUCUGACCGGCUUUGCGGUGCCUCUUCAAGAACAUCAUCUACAACAUUAUCUUUAGUGGAAAUAUGAUGAACAGUUCCGUGUGCUGCCGCAUCAUGUUGACAUAACUCUGCUGAAGAACUGAAAAUAAUGAAUGGCCGGAGAGGAGCGAUGAUAUGAAUUAACUCUUUGAUGUGAAGGGAAGCUGGAACGGGAUUUUGUACUGCAUUUACUGCCGAGGAAACACUGGAAUGAGGCUCUAAACACGUUUCUUGUCGCUGAGUUUUCUUGUUGAAGUUGGUUUUUCUCAACAAUGGAAAAAUGAAUUGGAAUGGAUAUUCUGAUAAGUCUUCCUUAGAGAUGGAUGGAAGAUUUCCCAACCUUUUAUGAAUCUUUUCGUGGUGACUCUGGAAAGGUGGAGCGAUCAGGAAAAGCUAAUGACGGACCUAUUAAUCCAUCAGAAGCACCAGAGGGGUUUGGAAACGUUUGGAUGGAAAUGUUUACAUCUUUUUCUGGUUUUAUACGAAACUACUAACGCAUAGUUGUGGAUCUCUGCUGGAAUCUCCAUUGUCAUUUAUUAAUAUAGUGAAAUGAAUUCAGGGCUGUUGACAUAUAUGCUGUGAUUUCUUUUUUCUUUUUUUGCAAAUAUCCAUCUUUUCUUCUGAAAGUAUUCCGCUCUAAAUGGAAUUAGUUGAGAAAGCCCUUUGUGAAAGGAAUAGACAUGGUACAUGGGAACAGGUUCCUUCACGUUGUUGCAGGUCUUCUCAUGCUUGGGUUGUCUGGGGCAACAAAGAAGGAAGCAGUGAAAAACAAUUCAGGAGUACAGCCGGCAGGGCAGUGUGGAACCUGGGUGAAAGAACCAGAGGGAGGCCUUUUCACCUCACCCAAUUACCCAAACAAAUAUCCCCCAGAGCGAGAAUGCAUCUACAUCAUUGAAGCUCCCCCGAGACAAUGCAUUGAUCUUUUCUUUGAUGAAAAGUAUUCAAUAGAGCCUUCAUGGGAAUGUAAAUUUGACCAUAUUGAAGUCCGGGACGGGCCCUUUGGCUUUUCUCCAAUAAUUGGACGCUACUGCGGCCAGCAAAGCCCUCCAUAUAUCAGAUCAAGUGGCCGCUACCUAUGGAUAAAAUUUGUUGCGGAUGGUGAAUUGGAAGCCAUGGGAUUUUCUGCGAGCUACAAUUUCACAGCAGAUCCUGACUUUAAAGACAUAGGAGUCCCCAAACCUCUUCCCUUUUGUGAAUUCGAGAUGGGAGGACCUGAAGGCAUCAUUGAAUCGCAGCAGAUCACCAAAGACGGCAAAGCCUUGCAGACAGAGGCAGUGGACUGCAAGUGGUACAUCCGUGCCCCUCCUCGUUCCAAGAUCUACUUGCGUUUCCUAGACUAUGAGAUGCAGAACUCCAAUGAGUGUAAACGUAAUUUCGUGGCGGUGUACGACGGCAGCAGCUCGGUGGAAGACUUGAGGAAUAAGUUCUGCAGCACGGUGGCCAACGACGUCAUGCUGGUGACCGCGCUGGGCGUGGUUCGCAUGUGGGCCGACGAGAGCAGCCGAAAGAGCCGCUUCCGUAUACUCUUCACAACCUUCCAAGAGCCUCCCUGUGAGGCAGAUACUUUCUUUUGCCACAGUAACAUGUGUAUCAACAACACGCUGGUGUGCAACGGAGUCCAGAAUUGCGUCUACCCUUGGGACGAGAACCACUGCAAAGAAAAGCGGAAAGCCAACAUCCUGGACAACCUGAAUAACACCAACGGCACUAUCAUCGGCGUGACGUGCUGCAUCGUACUGAUCCUACUGGUUGUAUCGGUGAUCGUUCAAAUCAAGCAGCCACGGAAGAAGUACAUCCUGAGGCGAGAAGACUUUGACCCCACCAUGUUCCAGGAGGUGUUCCAGGAGCCACCGCAUUAUGAACUCUGCACUCUCCGCAGCGCUGCGGCCACAUCCGCAGACCUGGCCGAGCUGGCCGAAGACUUUGAGAGCUACCACAAGCUGCGGCGCGCCUCCUCGCGUUGUGUCCACGAGCAUCACUGCGGUUCUUCACAGCUGUCCAGCAACAAGGGCAGCCGCACUAACCUGAGUGCCCGUGAGGCGGCGGCGGCCAUCCUGACGGACCUCCCACCACAACCCAUGCGGCCACUUCCUCCCCAAACCAACCGCAGGAACAUUCUGGUAAUGAGACACACCUACUCACAAGAUGCCGCAGAUGCCUGUGACCUGGAUGAUGACCUGGAAGAAGUGCCCACCACUAGCCACAGGCUGUCCAGACACGAGAAAGCAGUGCAGCGACUUCUUGAAAAUAGUGCAAUCCUGGAUCAGUACGAACGGGCUUCAAUGAAAUAUGAAAAUGUGGACCGGAGAUAUACACCAGCAUGAUAAUAACAUGGACGUUUUAAAGACAAAUUUAUCAAAACAACCUGCAGAUGUAAAGGAGGACGUGGAUUCAGUAACAAAGGAAGUGACUGUGAUGAAAUCGCUUUAACAUGUAGCUCCUAAUUUAUUCGCAUUACCUUUUCUUUUACAAGGUUACUUAUUUAGGAUUGCAGAACAUGAAAGUUUGUUCAUUUACAUGAAUAAAUGUGAAUCAGUGCUUUCAGGACUGUUGUAGUGCAUGCAUUUUAUUGUCAUGUUUUGCCACCAAACGUCUUUAUAUUUGUUAAAAUGCUUUUAAGACAUUGGAUAUUUGUGACUUUCAGCAAACACAUUUUAUCCACAUAUUUGUCUGAAUCUUCAAAGACACUUUAAUGUUAAGAUUUGCAUGCAUAUUUUCUUUAUCAUUUUAAAGUAAGUGACUGUGCAUUUAGGUACAGCAUCAAACCCAAGACUAAUUUAUUGUUGAUAGGUUUAACUACAAAAAUAUAUAUAUGUAUAACAAAUGGAAUGACACUAAGCCCUUCCCCUCCCCUAUAGUUUACUGCUAUACUUACUAACUGCAUGCUAAAAUCAUCAAAUUUAUAAGAUACCAUCUAUGAUUAAACUAUGGAAUCUUUCCUUUACAUAAAUCAUUUUUGAAAUACUGUAAACUCUUUCAGUUGCUGAUGUUUAGGACAAAUGAAGGAUGACAGUAAGUUAACAUUUGCUACAUUUUAGUAGCACACAAACUUUGUAUGUUAACUGUGUUCAAACUUUUGUAGACGCCGAAUCACCAAUACAAGCUCUGUCAAACAACAAUAAACUAUUAUUAUAAAUAAUGACAUUAGUAAUUAUAAAACUUAAGUUUAUGUUUUAUGCUUUUGUUUGUGUGAUCCAUUAAACUGCAGUGAAUAUGAUAUCAAAAGAGCAUUAUAAAACCCCAAAUGCAAAACAUCAAAACAUCUUAUUCUCGCUCUCUUUCUUUCUCUCUCUCUCUUUCACACAAAGACACACACACACACGUUGUUUCCAUGUUUUAUGGGGACUUUUCAUAGACAUAAUGAUUUUUAUACUGUACAAACUGUAUAUUAUAUCCCUUAACCGUAUACCUACCCAUCACAGAAAAUGUUCUGCAUUUUUACAUUAAAAAUCAUCACUUAGUUUGAUUUAUAAGCUGUUUUCCUCAUGGGAACCAAAACAAUGUACCCACCAUGUGUUGGGUGUAAUUAAUUACUAAGUAAUCUAAUUACAGUAAUUUCCCUUGAAAAGGUAAAGUAAGGGAUUACUCAUAAUUUUUCUGGAAUUUAAUUACAGUUACUUCUGAUGUAAUUGCAAUAAAAUGUAAUGUUAAAUAUAUAUGUUUUUAAUGUAACCUUCCUUUAGAAACUUUGGUCAGUUCAAGAAUAAUUUAUGCAAUUGUAUAUUGUUUAUUUGAAAGAAUUAAAAGUGCAGCUUCAUGUCUAUCUUUUUAUUGUUCAACUGGUCGAGGUUGAUAUGGGAUUUACAAAGUAACUAGUAAUAAGUAAUCCAAUACUUUUUAAAGAGAGUAAUUAGUACAGUAAUCGAAUUACACGGUUGAAGAUGUAAUUAGUAGCUAGUAAUUAGUUCCUUUUUUAGAGUAACUUCCCCAACACUGGUCCCCACAAUGUCAAAAAUUACUGGUAUUACUAUCUUUACACACACACACACACACUCAAAUACAAAAACAGUAUGUUAAAUGUCCCUGAUUUUUCAAGCUAGAUUUUUAGUCACCACACUAAUUAAAAUGAAAUGUCAGUGUUUCUGUCUGUCUGCCCAUUGUCAUUACAUUCUUGUUUUAGAAUUUAAACUAUAUAAACAAAGGGAAAUAAAUGCUGUUGAGAAAUGAAUGAAUGAAUUUACAUCAUAAGUGAAUUUCCACU